AUGAAAUUCAGCACGGUUUCCUUUCUCCUCCUCGCCGGCUGUAGUACGGGUAUUCCUCAUGAAAUCCGUGGCGAUGUCUACGAGGUUAAGAAUCCCUUCUCGCCUAAUGCUGUUGACCCUGGGGUUGAAGGUGUGAAGGGUCUACAAGACCGGGAUAUAAAACCCAGGGGUGUAACCGACAAUGACCCUUUAAAGGCGCGUGGAGAUGUCUAUGAGGUCAAGAAUCCCUUUUCACCCAAUGCUGUUGAUCCAGAGGUUGAAGGAGUUAAAGGCCUUCAAAAGCGGGGCAUUGAUCCCGAGGAACAAGAAGAGGCGGAACUUGGCAAGUCGCUACGAGGUCGAGCUAUCGAUCAUGAGAAUGACCCCGACUCGGCUCACCUCAAGCCUCGAGCUGGCGGGGAAAAGGUCAAGAUGGACCAACUCACCAACACAAACUACAAGAAGCCUCAUGCCGAGAUUGCCCUUAUUCAGGCAUACAACAAAUACAACAAGCCUUUACCCGAAAAGCUCAAGAAGAUUGCUCAAAAUGAGGCUGCCCUCGUCAACAACAAGCUUGGAAUGAAGGGUACUGCUUCUGCAACACCACCCCAGUACUACGAUUCACAGUAUGUAGUUCCUGUCAAGAUUGGUACUCCAGCUCAACAAACAUACCUGAACUUUGAUACUGGCUCAUCUGAUCUCUGGGUGUUUUCUACAGACACAUAUCAACCUGACCAAGCCGGUCAUAUUCUCUACAAGCCAGACAAGUCAUCAACUUCCAAGCGACUAAAUGGUCAGACUUGGAGUAUUAAGUACGGUGAUGGCACUGGUGCCAGUGGCAUCGUCUACACCGACAAGGUCCAAGUCGGAAAGACCUAUGUCAACAAGCAGGCCGUUGAGUCUGCUACUGAAGUCUCGGAUGGUAUCGCUGCAGACAAGUUCUCGCACGGCAUCAUGGGUCUCGCCAUGUCAAGCUUAAACACUGUCCGACCUACGCCUCAAAAAACCUACUUCCAGAACGUGCAGGACGCUCUAGCAGUCCCAGUCUUUACCGCCAAUCUGCAGAAGGGCAAGGCUGGAAACUACAACUUUGGAUACAUCGACCAGGGUGAGUAUUACGGAAGCAUUCAGUUCGCCAAGGUCACGAAGAACAGUCCCUGGUGGCAGCUCAACAUUGAGGGUUUCCGCGUCGCUCAGGGUGCACCGUGGCACAAGUACAAUUACUCAGCCAUCGUCGAUACUGGCACCACCCUCCUUCUUCUGCCCAGCUACCUUGUCAACUUCUACUACAAGAAGGUCAAGGGCGCUUACGUCGACCAAGACUAUGGUGUUUGGGUGUUUCCCUGCUCAGCGAAGCUUCCUAGCUUCUACUUUGGCUUCGGCAGCUACCGCGGCAAAGUCCCCGGAAACUACAUCAACUACGGCCGUCUCACCACUACCGUCUGCUACGGUGGUAUUCAGAGCUCCGACGGUAUUGGAUUCGCCAUUCUGGGCGACAUCCUCCUCAAGGCGCAGUUUGUCGUCUUCGACCUCAAGGGUCAACGUGUUGGAUUCGCCAACAAACUCACAGUCACGUCAUAA